GACACCUCCCCCAAAAUGACGUGAAAUGCGGAAGCAAAUUCAAAACUUAUGACCGACAACUUAACUGAAGUAGUAUCGGACAAUAAGGUCUUCCUUGAGACAUAUAAUGGAGACUGUGGAGACAUCCUCUACUGGGGAUGGGUUCCUCUCCAGAAUGGCCCUCAAUGACAACAAGGCUGGAAUGGAGGGUCUUGACAGGGACAAAAUAAACAAGAUCAUUAUGGAUACCUCCAAGGGCUCCAGGUUCUAUGAGAAUGAGCUGAAGAAACAGCAGCAGGUAAACCAGCGCAUUGAGAAGAUGAUGCAGCACAAGGCAAACAUAACUGAGCAACAGCUGAGCAAAGCACAAGCACAGGUGGAGAAGUUGACCUCUGACUUGGAGAGAGGUCGUGACCUGAGCCGUGUGAUUGUGCAUGUGGAUAUGGAUGCCUUCUAUGCUGCAGUGGAGAUGAGAGACUGCCCUGACCUGAAGGACAAACCCAUGGCUGUGGGCACAAUGAGCAUGCUGUCAACAUCCAACUACCACGCCAGGAAGUUUGGGGUCCGUGCCGCCAUGCCUGGCUUCAUCGCGAAGAAGCUCUGCCCAAACCUGGUUAUUGUUCCAAACAACUUUGACAAAUACAAAGCAGUGAGCACUGAAAUCCGGGAGAUCUUUGCAGACUAUGACCCUCACUUCCUGCCCGUGAGUCUGGACGAGGCCUAUCUAGACAUCACAGAGCACCUAGAUCAGAGGAGACUCUGGCCGGAUGCCCUGGGUACCCACCGCCUUGACUCCCACAGCACGGGGACAGAUGGAGUUGAGAAGCAGGAUGAGGGCUCGAAGAUCUCAGUAGAGGUAGAGAAUCUGUCUCCUCUCCUCUUUGAGGAAAGCCCCAGCUCCUCCCCCUCCCCUGGUCUGCAAGACUCUUCUGUGUGCGGAGCUAGGGGAGACAUGGAGGUGUUUGGAGCCUGUGCCGAGGAGGCGGUGAGGGAGAUGCGUUUCCGCAUCGAGCAGAAGACCUUGUUAACUGCCAGCGCAGGCAUUGCCCCAAACAUGAUGCUGGCCAAGGUGUGCAGUGAUAGGAACAAACCUAAUGGCCAGUACAAACUGCCCUCUACACGACAAGCUAUCAUGGCCUUCAUACAGGACCUGCCAGUCAGGAAGGUAUCAGGAAUUGGGAAGGUGACGGAAAAUAUGCUUGGAGCUCUAGGUAUCACCAAGUGCGUCCAUCUUGGCCAGGAGAUGGCACUGCUGUCCCUGCUGUUUUCCGAGACGUCCUGGCAUCACUUCCUCCACAUCUCUCUGGGCCUGGGUUCCUCACACAUCCAGAGGGACGGAGAGAGAAAAAGCAUGAGCACAGAGAGGACAUUUGGAGAGAUGAGUAAUUUAGAAGAGCAGUUCUCUCUGUGCAGGGAGCUGUGCCAAGACCUGGCUUUGGACCUGCAAAAGGAGGCUCUUAAGGGAAAGACGGUGACAUUGAAGCUUAAAAAUGUCAAUUUUGAGGUAAAAACCAGAGCUUGGACAUUGCCAUGUGCCAUUGCUUCGACAGAAGAGCUCUUUGCUGUUGCUAAGGACUUGCUGAAAACUGAGAUCGACAACGUCAGCCCCCAGCCACUAAGACUGAGGCUCAUGGGUGUUCGAGUUUCCAGUUUUGUCAGCGUUGACGAUAAGAAACCCUUACAGAAGAGCAUUGUGGGAUUCCUCCAGCAAGGUGGGAGGGACUCCAGUAGCCUCUCCCAAAUAUCCUCCCACCAGCCUGUGAAAGAUAAUCAAACUACGGUACCCAGUCAGGGAGGAGUGGAGGUGGGGAGGACUGGGGAGCAGCAGCGCUCCUUCUUCCAGAGAGUUCACGCCGAAAGGCUGCGGCUGCAAGCUGAGAGGGAGGACUCACCAGGAGGGGUUGGGAACCGGCUAGAGACCAGACCGGGCCCAGCCUCAUCUGCCACUGACCCCCGAGGGGGGGACACCCUGACAAAGACACACUCUGCUCCUGGACAGACAACCAGCACCACAGGGUCUGCUUCAUCAUGCUGGUCCCCAGAGCCAGACGGUCUCACCUGCCCUGUGUGCUUCAGGACAGUAAACACAACAGUACUGGCAGUCUUCAACAAACACAUCGACCAGUGUCUCAAUGGGCCUACUAUGGGGUUGAACAACCACCCAGACAUGGAGCUAGAGAGAGACUCCAGUAUUUUGGCAGAGGAGGUGGAGAAUGAGAGGAAGGAGAAGGUGCAGAAUGAGAGGGAGCAGGAGGCUGAGAAUAAUAGGAACCGACUUAACAGAUCCAUGUUGGACACAGUGGGCCUUCGAUUAGACUGUAGUACAGGGGAUCACACUGAGUCCACUACAGGACUGCUGUAUGAGACUGGUACAGCUAAUAUUUCACUGAACGCUCUGGACCUAAACCCUGUCUGCCUUAACAGUGGAGGCGUUUCUAUACCCAGAGGUCCAGACCCUAACCCCCUGAAUGGUUCAGCUCACCGUGACACAGGUCUACAGGCUUGUCUGGUCUCCCCCGAAGGUCCUCAACCAUUUUCUUUACCCAGACCAGAGUCACACAACUGGGAAGGCCCCACCCUCACUUGUCCAGUUUGUCAGGUGACCCAGGACACCAAUGACCUCACCCUCUUCAACAGACAUGUUGACCUUUGUCUGAACCAGGAAGUCCUGCAUGAGCUUCGGGGACCAGGAUCUGUGGACCACACCACCACCAUCAAUGCACCACCAGCUGCCCAGAAAGAGAGAAAGCAUCCCCUGCAGACAGUGCCACAGAAGGGAAAGAGUAGAAGGAGAGGCUCGUCUCCCCCCCACCCCUCUAAGAAGUCCAGAGUCCAGGGCGCAGCCCGGAAUACCAUUGACAAGUUCUUCAGGUGACACACCUGAGUUGAUAACACUUAAAAAAAGAUCCUGCAUAAGAUAAUGAUGAAUGAUGUAAACUGGCUCUCAGGUUAAGGAAGUGCUGGUGAUCUCACUAGCAACCAUCCCUACCCCUAACUACCAACCAACCUAGUACUUGGAUGCUGGGGAUUUAGACUUUUCCUCAAGAGUUCUCCCAUUCCCAUUUUGUGAUGUCCAAUUCAUGAUUGUGUCCUUGCUUAAUUCCAUCAACUCUGGGUUUGGAAUCUGGGAGACCUGUCCUCUGACGCACCUCUCACCAAGGGGUUUUGCUUCUUAUCACACGGCUUGCUAACCCACAAAGUAUUCGCUGAUACAUACUUGAAGGAGGAUGAAAUGAAGGAGAGCGCAUUCCCCAGCCAACAACCAUUAUUGAGCUUGCAUUUGCUCAAACUACCACAAGGGGUCUCUAGUGUGUAAAGACUGAGCUAGUUGACGCCGCUGUUUGGUCUCCUGGCUGCAGCUGUACUGCAACUCAGAAAAUGCACUUUCUUCAAUCAAUAUCAAUAAUGUUACUUUUAAUACAUAUUGUGCAGUUUAAUUGUUUUAAGUCAAAGGUUUGCCAGCAAGUCUUUGUAGUGGUUUAAGUGGGUAGUUAAUGUAAACUAGAUACUUGUGAAAGGCUUAUUCAAUAUAACCUAUGUGACCUCCAUCUUGCUAGCUGUUAUUUUGUGUUUUAUUCAAGCGGAUAAAAUAGUGGUGUAUGCAAAGACAUAGUUCUUCCCUGCCAAACUGACGUUCUGUUAUGUUAAACUGCGACAUUAAAACUUUGUGAGAGGAAACCCUGGUGUCUAGAGAGACUACUACCUGCUGCUAAAUGAGAGAACUCUGUGUUUGCAUCUGGUAUUUUGCACCAUUUUAAAUGUAAAGCACAAUUAAUUCAGUCAAUCCUCAAUAGCCUUUCAAACACAAUGUCCAGAAUGAUGUGAAGAAAAAGUGUGAAUACAAUAACAGUAUGUGAUUAUAUUUUUUAAGGAUUAUUGUGUUGCUUAAUUAAUAACACAGUUGUGUUUUAUUAUAAUGGAUUCAUAUGUGUAUUUAAGAUGAAGCAAUAUUCAUCUAGAAACAUUUUUACAUUGUAAAUGUGUCUGAAUGAACAAAU